AUGGCUCCGAAAAUUUGGUUCAUCACUGGCUGCUCUGUCGGAUUUGGACGUGCUAUAACGGAAUAUGUUCUCGAGAAGGGAGAUACCGUCGUCGCCACCCUACGCAAUCCCGAAGUGCUCGACGAUCUUUCUGACAAAUACAAGGCGUCGCAGCUCCUAGUCCUCCAGCUGGACGUCUCAAAGCUUGAACAGAUCAAGGUUGCGUUUGCUAAAGCCACAGAAACAUUCGGCCGUAUUGAUGUUGUAGUCAACAAUGCGGGAUAUGGCAUCCUGGCUGAAGUCGAGGGUACACCUUCGGACGCUGCACGCGCUCUCUUCGAGGUUAAUUUUUGGGGAAUGGCUGCCGUCGCCUCCGAAGCUAUCCGCUUUUUCCGCGAUGUUAACCAGCCUCAGGGCGGCCAACUUCUACACAUGUCUUCUAUGCUUGCCUUUGAACCCAAGCCCGGCCUUGGGUUUUAUGCCGCCAGCAAGUACGCUGCCGACGGCCUGAUGGAGUCUCUGUCGAUGGAGCUCAACCCGGCCUGGAACAUUAGGCUCAUAAUCGUCGAGCCCGGCGCGUUCGAGACCCGCGGUACUAAGAGCGGUUCACUCGUCGACACACCGCAGCACCCGGCAUAUGCCUACUCCGGCAGCCUCACGGCCAUCAUGCGUCAACAACUCCCCAUUGCGACCUUACCCGGCGACCCCAACAAGGCCGCGCGUGCGAUACAUGCUCUCGUGUACGAACCGGAGCUGCCGCUCCACGUACUGCUAGGCGAGGACGCGGUGGAUGCGGCGUUGAGGAAGGGAGACUCUUUCAAGGAAUACGCUGAGAAGGCCCGCGUGGCGCACUUCGCCCAAGAUCUGAAGCUGGAAGCUUUCAGUAAUGCGGAAGUGCGUUGGACUCCCGGUCACGGAGCUGGCUCACAAUAA